GAAGAUCCUUGGCGUGCCAGCCUCCCUGCCUCUCUACUUCACAGCGACAGCUCUGGCAAAGCUCGCGCACCAGGAGGGUGAGCUCGCCAUCGUCAAGGCCGCCAAGAAGGCGGGCGUGCCGUACAUGCUGCCCACCCUGAGCAGCUACACCCUGGACGAGAUGCUGGCGGCCCGCACGCCGGACCAGGUGGUCUUCAGCCAGCUGUACGUGAACCCGGAGCGGUCCCGCAGCGAGGAGUACGUUGCAAAGCUUGAGGCAGCAGGUGUGCAGGCGCUCUUCGUGACCGUGGAUGCUCCGCAGCUGGGCCGCCGUGAGAAGGACAUGCGCAACAAGUUCACCCAGCAGGGCUCCGACGUGCAGGGCGACGAUGAGGACGAAGGUGCAGUGGACCGCUCGCAGGGCGCCACCCGAGCCAUCAGCAGCUACAUUGACCCUGGCCUCAACUGGGAGGACGUGCCGUGGCUCAAGAGCAUCACCAAGAUGAAGGUGUUGCUGAAGGGUGUGCAGUGCGCGGAGGAUGCAGUGAUGGCCUUCAAGUCUGGUCUGGCCGGCUGCGUGCUCUCUAACCACGGUGGCCGCCAGCUGGACACCUGCCGCCCGGGCAUCGAGGUCCUGCCGGAGGUCAUGGAGGCCGUCAAGGCCGAGGGC